AUGCCGAUUACUCCUUUGCCUGAAGAAAUGGAUCGUCCACGACGCAACAAUCACACAGCAUUUUCUAGUGUUCUACGAUUAAGCCGGACUCCUUUCCCAUCGCUGACCAGCUACAUCGUCAUUAGUUUCUGUAUCUCGUUCAUUGCACUGGCUAACAUCAUAAGUAUAUUUAAAUCUCAACCUGAGAUUAGAUCACUUCUUCAAGAGGAAAUACUUAAUAGUUCGUUAACGUCCAUAUAUGACGCCAAGGACUUGGAGUACCUUUCAUCGCUGACGGUGGUUCAGGCCGUCCAAUAUAUUAAAGGCAAUAGUCCUCUCAUAUGGGUUUCCGUCAACACCUAUUUCGCAGUUCUUGCUCUCAUAGCAAAAUUCGUUACUAAACUAACCUUCAAAGAACUUACUCGUCAAGAAGAAGUUAUUGUGCGCCAUGGUUUCUUAUCUUUCCUCAUGUUCAGCGUAGUGUUUCUUUCCGUGGUGGCUGGUGCUCACCAAUCACACAGAAUCUUGCCAUGGCUGGUGUGGUUUGGUAUCAUUGGCUUUAUGACAGUGUUGCAUGAUAUCGCCUAUCAACGCUUCAAGUUUGUGUCUACAUCUGCGGGCUCAUCCGGUGGUCGAUUAUCAUGGUUGUGUUUCUCACUCUUCGUCUUCGCUGCUAUAUUAGUAAUGCUGGUGAUUAGAUUUCACGAUCAUAUCAAUGUCAGCCAUAUGCUCUUUCUCCUCGUCGAUGCUUCUUUAUCGUUGUUACGUUCACUUCAUGGUCUUCUGCGUUGUUUGUCAUCAUCUGAACGUUUCGCGCGUAGUCCAGAUGCCGUGCGCCACUUCAACUAUUGGCUGGACUUGUCGGUCACCCUCGCUACCGAUACUAUUCAGCUUUUUAAUUAUAUUCAUCUCAUGUUUAUGUCGCCGCUCGGAUUCAAUAUAACAUGUUUCUUCUUCUUUUAUCACAUUAAGAAUGCAUACUAUUCUAUAGUCAACACACUGUCACGUCACCACAAGCAUAACCAGAUUUUCCUGCACAUCCAGUCAACUUAUCCUAACGAGGAGGCUGAAGAAAGAGAUCUCUGUAUUGUAUGUUGGGAGAAACUUGGUUUUUCUCGUCGCCUUCCUUGUGGUCAUCAGUUCCAUGACUGGUGUUUGAUGUGGUGGUUGGCUCAAGAUGGAUCUUGUCCGACUUGUCGUCGCGCGGUGUCGGCCCCACCACCAAUGAACCAGCAACCUCCAGCAACGCCAGGUUCAACCACCACUUUUCGAUUUGGAGGCCUUGGUUUCCUUCGGCUUCCUCCGUUUUCUAUCGAAUUCUCCACGGGUACAUCAGCCCUUAGCCCAUUUCUAAGACGUCCAACUCAGCAUGAUGAUUCGCAGUUGAUGGGAAUGGCUCAUCAGGUACACGAAAUGUUUCCUCAAAUACCAAUUGAAACAGCUAUGGAGGAUCUUCGGAUAACUGGAUCAACACAAGCAACUAUAGAAAAUAUCUUAGAAGGCCGAGUGGGAUUCAUGGGUGGUAUAGUGGGGAACGACGACGAUGAACACCCUUGGCGAGUCAAUGCUGGAGCGGGAGACAAUGACGACCUGCUGUUUGAUGACGACGAUGACAGCAGUGGUGAAGAUGCGGCAUCAUCGUCAGAAUCAGUCUUCACUUCUUCGUCUCCGCAACAGUCACCUUCGGCUGCAUCAUUAGUCAGUCCAGUGACAGACGAGGAUGUGACUCCAUAUCAGAUCGCAAAAAGAGAAAUGAUAGCAAAACACAGAAGACGGUACAUAGACUCAGAAAAAGGACGAGAUCUCCGGGAGAAGGGUUAUCAGUAA